AUGAGUGACGACCUAACAGUUAAAAGAGUCAUAAAACUUGUUCUUACAAAAGUUUGUACUCAAAUGAACCUUAAUGAAAAGGAUAGUGAAGAAUUAAUCGAACACAUUUCAAAUAAUCUUUCUCCUGAACAAAAUACAUAUUUUACAAACUUAACUGCCGAACUAAAUUCCCACAGGUGGCGAAAUGAUUACAAUAUAGAAGAUAUUAUCCUUGAUGGAUGCGAUUUUUCUACUGGCCUUACAGAAAUGAUAAAAGAAUACAUUGAUAAAAUCAAAAAUUAUGAUUCAUCGAAUGUAUUUAUCAGAGGUGGCAGUUUCCCAUGA